AUGACGGGAGACCAUGGCAAUUCGGUCCUAGAAGAGGCCGCCACAGCGACGGAGGAGGUCAAUGCGGCCUUCCGAAGCUUCGCGGCCGAACCCGGGCCGUCCGGGGGAGACUUGGACAAGGCCCAGCGACGGCGGAUCAUCGAAGCCGCGACGAAGCUCAUCAAUGCCGUCAAGGACCCGGCAGACGAGUGGUUCGAUACGACGGCGCAAGUUGCGGAGCUCGGCGCCAAGAGGCUCUUUGCGGAGUGGAAGGUGUAUGACCGCAUCCCGCUCGAGGGGAGCAUCUCGUACGGCGAGCUGGCCGCCAAGGUGGAUGCCGAAGAGGCACUGAUACGACGUAUCGGAGGUGUUCUUACGUCGGUGAACUUCUUGGAGCAAGUCGGCGACGACUCCGUCGCGCACACCAAACGUUCACGCGUCUACGCCAACGAACACCCGAUAGGCUUGAUCUUUGGCAUGGCCUGGGAUAACGGCCUGGUGCCGUACGUGCGCUUGCCGGCCUACUUUGAGAAGUACGGCCGCAAGGAGCCGCAGACCAUCAACCAGAUCCCCGCCACGUACGCCUACGGCGUGCCGGAGUACAGCUUCUACGAGAUGCUGCAGCACGACCCGCCGCGGCUGCAGAGGUUCCUGCGCGCGAUGGGGCCGAUCGAGGAGAAGAUGCCCAUCGCGGGCAUAUACGACUUUGGCUGGGUGGUCGAGUACGCCGAGGCGCACCCCUCGUCCGACCGGCCACUGUUCGUCGACGUCGGCGCGGGCAGGGGUCAGUCCAUCAAGGCGAUCCACGGCGAGAACCCCGGCCUGCCGCUAGACAAGUGCGUGCUGCAGGACCGGCCGGAGGUGGUGGAGGCCGUGGAGAAGCUGGACGACGAGGACAUGAGGCUUGUGCAGAAGCAGGUCAUGGACUUUCAUAAAGAGCAGCCCGUCAAAGGGGCCCUCACAUACUGGAUCCGUCGGUGUCUACACAACUACGGCGACGAGGUCAGCGUCAACAUGCUCCGCAUCAUAGCCGAGGCCAUGACGAGCGACAGCCGGCUCCUGAUCCAGGAGGACGUGGCGGCGAACCCGCCGCACUGGACCACGACGAUGCUGGACUUUAUGAUGCUGACGUUCGGCGGCAAGCACCGCACCCUCGAGUGCUGGACCGACGUCCUCGGGAGGGCUGGGCUGAAGAUCAACAGCGUGUCGAUGGGCAAGGGACCUUGGCGGCACUUGGCCGUGAUCGAGUGCGUCAAGGCCAGCGACUAG